AGGGUAUUUGUAUGAUGACUAUUUCACAAAUCUGUUUAGCUGCAACAAUGCUAAGUUUGGCAUUUCUAAACUUUUAUUAUAAACAAUUACUUAAGUUGAUUUAAAUGUCACUUUAAUUCAAACAACAGAAAAUUCUAUGCCAUUUACUUCCACAUAAAACCAAACAUGAAUCAUUGCAAUUGUAGGCCCACCCACAAUCAACAGUAAAUCAGUUCAGUGACACUGUCAGGACAAACAGUUUGCACUGCACAGAGUAAAGAUCACUGUACAUAAAUCAAUGUUUCUAGAGCUAUAUUUAAAAAGUGGCAAUUAUGGUGAACUCUGAAAACCAAGGAAAGGAGACAUACAAUGAAUUAGAGUCUCAAGAUGAUUUCACCGGAGAUGUUCAGCCUCUAUAUUCAAAGAUGACCCGGUUUACUGUCAGUGAUGAACUGAGCUCUAGGCCUUAUCGACUGGUAGCUAUAGUUCUGGGGGUCGUAAGUGCUGCAUUUCUUUUUGCUGUAAUUGGACUAAGUGUUCGCAUUAAUAGGAUGAGUGACAAACAUGGCAUCUUGUCUCUCAACACAUCAAUAAUCAGCUCUCAACUUGCCCGGCUGGAGUCAGACCACAAAAGCCUGACAGAGUCCAAAAACGCACUUCAGAACAAACAUGAUGAAGACGUAAAACUGAUGAAAUCCCUGCAGAUAAAUUUAAGCAGAGAAAUAAGAUUGAAGAAUGAGCUGAACUUGCAAAAACAAAAAUUAGAAGAAGACAAAAGAAAAAUGCAAUCUCAAAUUUCAAAUCUUGAAGAACACUGUGGCAAGUGCUUACCCAACUGGGUGCUGAUGAACAGCACAUGUUUUUACUUUGCUGUGUCUUCAACAACUCCACGCAGAGGCUGGAAUGCAGGCAGGGAUGAAUGCAAGAAAAAAGGAGCUGACUUAGUCAUCAUAGACUCAAAGGAGAAACAGGAGUUCAUCGUAGAGACCUUAAAAGCACUUCGGUACAACCUACCAUUCAGUUAUUCUAAUGGAUUUUGGAUCGGGUUGAAGGAUGACCAUACAGAAGGGCUCUGGAAAUGGCUGAAUGAGACAACACUGACAGAAGGGUACUGGAUGGACGGGGAACCAAAUGAUGAUUUGACUAUAGAGGAUUGCGCAGCUGUGUAUCCCACCAAUAAUCCAAUGAAGGCCUGGAAUGAUGCACCAUGUUCACACCCACUAAAAUGGAUCUGUGAGAAGGAAAUAGAUAAAACACUCUAGAAUCCUCAAUUCAUCAUUUUUUUUGGUUUUGUUUUGUUUUUGCCUGUUGCUAACAGCUAAUAAUUCAUCAAAGACUAAAUAAUAUUCUGAAUUUUUUAAGUAACCAAUUCCUUUGCUCACUCACUCGCUCUCUCACACAGAACUGUUGCACUUAGUAAUGUAAUUAAAUUAAAUUGAUAUUAUAAAAAAUCUAAAAGUUGCACAGUGACUGAGUACCCAUAGUUUGGAGAGAAAUAGGACAUUUUGGCAAGCACCAGUCUGAUAUAUAAAAGCUUUUAGUUAGAAGUAUGUCUCAGAUUUGAUUUUACUUUUAUUCCAGGUACACAUACAUUAUUAGACUACAUGCAGUCAUGGUGUAUAGUCUGUUACCCACUCAACAGCAGAGCGGUCAGUAAGACUAUGUAGGACUAAAGGAUUAUGAUGUUAUUCUCUCUUUAAAACUGAAAAAUAAUGCUGCUGAGUAGUUAGCAAGCUGCUAUGACUUUGUACAAACUUUGAAGCAAAUUGAGAAUAAAAAUUUCCAAAGAAAUUA